AUGUCCCUUGAAGGCCUUUCCUAUCAGGCCGGGGAGGCCCGGCUGGAGCGGCGGGCAGUGGCAUUGGGCCACAGGCUAGCUCGAGGCCUAGCUCAGCAGGAUGAUGAAGACAAUGAGCUGGAGCUGGAGCUGGAGCUGGAGCUGGAGCUGGAGGACGAGACUGAUGUGGCGCUUUCUGGUGUCGUGUUCAGCCACCUCAAGAGCCGAGCUCGGGGCCUGGACCGAGGGGAUCCUUUCCAGGUGUCCAGAGCUCACGACUUCCAGGUGGGGGUCACAGUGCUCAGGGCCCAGAAGCUGGUAGGAGUCAACAUUAAUCCCUAUGUGGCAGUGCGUGUCGGGGAGCAGCGCCGAGUGACCGCCACGCAGCGUGGGACUAACUGCCCCUUCUACAACGAGUACUUCUUGUUCGAAUUUCAUGAGACCCGGCUUCACCUCCAAGACUUGCUGCUGGAGAUCACGGCUUUCCAUUCGCAGACCCUCCCCUUCAUGGCCUCCCGGAUAGGAACCUUCAGGAUGGACUUGGGCAUUAUCUUCUACCAGCCAGACGGCCACCUCUACCAGAAAUGGGCUCCGCUGCACGAUCCCCGGGACACCCGUGCCGGGACCAAAGGCUUCGUCAAGGUCACUUUGUCCGUGCGGGCGCGCGGGGACCUGCCCCCUCCGCUACCAGCCCCAGGCCCCGGGCACAGUCCGGACAUCGACAAGGGAGCUGGGAACCUGCUCCUGCAUCGCAGGGUGCCCGCCCAGAGGACGUGGGCGCGGCUGCGCGUGCGCGUGUUCCGCGUCGAGGGGCUGCCGGCGCUGCGCCCGGGGCUGCUGGGGAGUCUGGCCCGCGCCUUGCAGGACCAGUGCGUCCUCAUGGACCCCUACGUGCGCGUGUCUUUCCUGGGGCAGCAGGGCGAGACGUCGGUGCGCGGCAAGGCGGCGGCGCCCGAAUGGAACGAGCAGCUGAGUUUCGUGGAGCUCUUCCCGCCGCUGACGCGCGGCCUCCGUCUGCAGCUGAGGGACGACGCACCCCUGGUCGAUGUGGCCGUCGCCACGCACGUGCUGGACCUGAGGCAGAUCUCACACCCGGGCUCCACCUCGGGGUUUAACCCCACCUUCGGCCCGGCAUUGGUGGCUCUCUAUGGAUCUCCCCCCAGCGGGGGGCUCCUGGAUGGUCUUCAAAGUCUCAAUGAAGGCCUUGACCAAGGCAUUUGGCUCCGUGGCCGCCUGCUGGUGGCUGUGUCCAUGGAAGUGUCCGAAGGGAGAGCUGAACCUGAGCCUCCCCAGGCCCCACAGGGACCCAGAUUAUCCCGGCUCAUGAAAAAGAAGAAGAAAGCCAUGCGGGGCCAACCCAAUGGGGUCCCACAGCACCUGGAUGCCAGCUCCAGUGGAGAUGGUCCUGAGAUUCCUAGUGCCAUCGAGGUGGAGGUGGAGGAGUUGCUGCCUCUGCCAGAGAAUGCCCUGGCGCCCUUGCAAGAUUUCCUGCUACUUGGUGUGCUUUUCGAGGUCACCAUGAUUGACCCUGCCUUGGCCUCCUAGCCAAUCAGCUUCAAGAUCUCCAUUGGCCGCCGGCGGGAGGAGCAACUGGGCUGAGGGUCCAGGGCCGGGGAGGGAGCGGAGGGCAUGGAAGCACAGCCUCUGCUGGAGACGGUCUUGGGAGUCGGGCCAGUGGAGGAGGAGGAGCUAGGGACCCCUGCCCAGCGGCCUGAGCCCAUGGACAGCAACGGGCCCUACUUUGGCUUGCCCCUGCGUCACCGCAAGCCAUGCGUGCGCAUGUGGAGCCGCUGGGAGGAUCACACGUGGCGCCUGCAGAGCACUAACUACGUAUGGAAAGUGGCCGAGAGGCUGGACCAGGGGCUGCAGGAGGUUGAGAUUCUGCAGCGCAGGCCUGGGCCUGGCACCUACACAUGGCUGAAACAGGUGCUGGAAGAACUGGUGGCGGGGAGCAGACAGUUCUGUCACAGUGCUGAGCACAGGACAAUGACCCGGCCCAACGCUCUGGAUUGUUGCCGAGGGAAACUGCUGGUGCAUAGCCUGAACCUGUUGGCAAAGCAAGGACUGCGGCUUCUACGGGGUCUGAGACAGGGCAAUGUGCAAGAGAAGGUGGCACUGGCCAAAAAGCUCUUGGCAAAACUGUGCUUCCUGGCCCAGGAGCCCCAGCCACCCCUCCCAGGUGUGCUGGUCUGGAUGCUCAGUGGGCGGCGCCGUGUGGCCUGAGCCCGGAUCCCUGCCCAGGAUGUGCUGUUCUCUGUGGUCGAGGAGGAACGGGGCUGGGACUGUGGGAAGAUCCAGAGUCUACUGCUCACAGCACCUGGGGCAGCUUCUGGUGAGGUCUGUGCCAAGCGACUCUUUCUGUGGCUGGGGCUGGGUAAGCAACCCAAGGCCUGCACCUCAGAGCUCCCCUGGGACCUGCUGCCCAAGCCCUCCGAGGGGCUGCCACACCACCUGUGCUGGGAUGACUUCAGCUACUUCCAGCCCCGAGCUCACUUGUACCAGGCCCGAGGGGUGUUGGCAGCAGAUGACAGUGGGCUUUCAGACCCCUUUGCUCGAGUCCUCAUCUCUACCCAGUGCCAGACCACACGGGUCCUGGAGCAGACGCUGAGCCCCCUGUGGGUUGAGCUCUUGGUGUUUGAUCAGUUGAUCAUAGACGGGAGGAGGGAGCAUCUGCAGGAGGAGCCUCCAUUAGUGGUCGUCAAUGUCUUUGACCACAAUAAGUUUAUGAGUGGCCCCCCUGUGUUCCUGGGCAGGGCACUGGCUGCCCCAAGGGUAAAGCUGAUGGAGGACCCUUACCAACGCCCUGAGCUGCAGUUCUUCCCCCUAAGGAAGGGGCCCAGGGCAGCCAGAGAGCUUAUUGCCACCUUUGAACUCAUUGAACUGGACUACAGCGGCCGGCUCGAGCCCUCAGUGCCCAGUGAUGUAGAGCCCCAGGACCUGACACAACUGGUUGAGCACCUCUCCGGACGCCUGUCCCUGCCACCUGAUGUGCGUCCAGCGCUCAGGGAGUUCUGUGUUGAGGUGCUGUUCUGGGGUCUGAGAGGCCUUGGCCGUGUGCAUCUGUUCGAGGUGGAGCAGCCCCAGAUUGUGCUGGAGGUGGCUGGGCGAUGUGUGGAGUCAGAGGUCCUGGCCAAUUACCAUGAGAACCCCAAUUUCACUGAACUCGUCAGGCAUCUGACAGUGGACUUGCCCGAGCAGCCUUACCUGCAGCGCCCCCUCAGCAUCCUGGUGAUUGAGCGCCGGGCCUUUGGCCGCACCGUGCUUGUCGGUUCCCAUAUUGUCUCCCACAUGCUGCAAUUCAUACUCCAGGGUCAUGAGGAUCCCCCCGAGGAGGAAGGAGAAGAGGAGGAGACAGGGGAUCUAGUGCUCAAGGGACCACAAGGACAGAAAUCCCUAGAUCCUUUCUUGGCUGAAGUGGGGAUGCCCAGAUGGCUUCUGAAGGCUUCUCUGAAGAAGCUCCCCCUGGGGAGCCUCCUGAACCAAGGCCCUGAGCUGGAGGAGGACAUCCCAGAUCCUGAAGAGCUUGACUUGGCCUCACUGCAGGAACUCCAGGGGCAGGUGGGGGCAGGGGAGGAUGAAAUGGAUGAUCCCAGGCAGUCAGAUGGGGUCAACCUCAUUUCUGUGGAUGGGGAGGCCCAAGACCAGGGUCAGGAUGAGGCUGAAGUCAAAGGCUCCGUACCCCAGAAGAAAGCAAUCGCCACCCUGAAGAUCUACAAUGGCACCCUGGAGGAAGAGUUUAACCACUUUGAAGACUGGUUGAAUGUGUUUCCCCUGUACCGAGGGCAAGGGGGCCAGGAUGGAGUUGGAGAAGAAGAAGCGUCUGGACAUCCUGUAGGCAAGUUCAAGGGAUCCUUCCUUAUUUACCCUGAAUCAGAGGCAGUGUCAUUCUCUGAGCCCCAGAUCUCCCGGGGAGUCCCACAGAACCUGCCCAUCAAGCUCCUGGUCAGAGUAUAUGUGGUAAAGGUCACCAACCUGGCUCCUGCGGACCCCAACGGCAAGGCAGACCCUUACGUGGUGGUAAGUGCUGGCCGAGAGUGGUGGGGCACCAAGGAACACUACAUCCCCAAGCAGCUGAAUCCCCCAUUCUCCCUCCUGGCCAGGGUCCUGGAGCUCGGCAUCUCUCUCCCUGCCGAGCCAGAGCUGACUGUGGCUGUGUUUGAUUAUGACCUCGUGGGUUCUGAUGACCUCAUCAGGGAGACCCACACUGACCUGGAAAACCGAUUCUAUAGCCACCACAGGGUGAACUGUGGGCUGGCCUCCGAGUAUGACAUGGAUGGGUACAAUGCCUGGCGGGACGCAUUCCACCCUUCGCAGAUCCUGGCGGGGCUGUGCCAACGCUGUGGCCUCUCCGGCCCUGAAUACUGAGCCGGGGCUGUCAAGGUGGGCAGCAAAGUCUUUCCGACACCACCUGAGACCCUGCCCCCAGGUACCACUUGCGCACCUCUUGUUGCGGGUGGGGGGGCUUCCAGGGGGGCCAGGGAGGUCCCCGAGGAGGCGCAGGCACUGCCGGUGCCGCGGCACUGGCAAGAGAGGCCGGAGCUUGGGAUCCAGCUGGUGCCCGAGCACAUGAAAACUUGGCCCCUCUACCAUCCCUGCAGCCCAGGGCUGCUGCAGGGAUCCCUUCACAUGUGGAUUGAUACCUUCCCCCGCGAUGUGCCUGCCCCACCCCCAGGUGACAUCAAGCCUCGACAGCCCAUCAGCUAUGAGCUCAGAGUCAUCAUCUGGAACAGGGAGGAUGUGGUUUUGGAUGAUGUGAACCCACUCACUGGAGAGCUAUCCAGUGACAUCUAUGUGAAAAGCUGGGUGAAGGGCCUGGAGCACGACAAGCAGGAGACAGACGUUCACUUCAAUCUGACUGGGGAGGGGAAUUUCAACUGGCGCUUUGUGUUCGGCUUCGACUACCUGCCCAUGGAGCAGGAGGUGAGCGUCUGCCGCAGGCCUGGACCCUUCGCCCUGCAGGAGGCCGAGUUCCGGCAGCCGGCGGUGCUGGUCCUGCAGGUCUGGGACUAUGACCGCAUCUCCGCCAACGCCUUUCUUGGAUCCCUGGAGCUGCAACUGCCAGACAUUGGGGGGGGCGGGGGGCGAGGCCCCGAGCUCUGCUCCGUGCAGUUGGCCUGCGACGGGGCGGGGCCCAGGUGCAACCUCUUUCGCUGCCGCCGCUUGCGGGGUUGGUGGCCUGUGGUGAAGCUGCGGGAGCCAGAGGCUGAGCCCCGGGAGCAGCGGGAGGCUCCAGCGGGCAAGAAGAGGCGGAGGAAGAGGAGGAAGGGCCGGCCGGAGGACUUGGCGUUCACAGACCCCGGCGGCACCGUCCACAUCCUCACGGGGAAGGUGGAGGCGGAGUUUGAGCUGCUGACCGCAGAGGAGGCGGAGAAGCGGCCGGUGGGGAAGGGGCGGAAGGAGCCCGAGCCCUUGGACAAGCCCAACCGCCCGAAGACGUCCUUCAGCUGGUUUGUGAACCCGCUGAAGGCCUUUCUCUUCAUCUGGCGCCGGUACUGGCGCAUCCAGGCGCCGCCAGUGCUGCUGGCCCUGGGCACCGUCUUCCUCCUCCUGGUUGUCUACAGCAUGCCCGGCCAGACCAGGCAGGUCAUCUUCCAACCCCCUCCACCGGCCCUGACCCUAACCGACCCUGGACCCUCUUCCCGGAACCCCAGCCCCUCAAAUCCCGCUCCUGGGGAGUCCGUCGCACCAACACGAGCUGUUUGA